AUGUUGUUUUCGACACUGCACUUUUUCUCCAUCCUCGCCGCUCUGGUGUACAUCCGCGGCGUCUUUGCCGCCCCCGUUCCCAUAUGCUCCAUCGGCGUCCGCACCGGGUCAGGCAGCUCGAGUUCUAACUCCACCUCUGGCUCGACAGGCUCAAAUUCAACUUCUACCUCUGCUCCUCAUUGGGUUAUUUACAGUGAUGCAUGGUUCUCUGGCGAGAACGGUCCUCCUGACGUGUCUGAUAUCGAGGGCUAUAACGUCUUCAUCCUUUCCUUCCUCUUGACGUCAGGUGCCGCUGACCAGGCACAGGAGUGGGCUGAGCUCGACUCCGACACCCGUUCCAGCAUCAAAGCAUCUUAUGAGGCCGCCGGCAUCAGCCUUCUCGUUUCCGCAUUCGGCUCCACCGACACCCCCACCUCCUCCGACGCCGACCCCGUGACCACCGCUCAGACCAUGGCUGCUUGGGUCAAGGAGUACGACCUCGACGGUAUUGAUGUCGACUACGAAGACUUCACCGCCAUCAACGAUGGCAAUGGUGCGGUCGCGUGGUUGGCUGAUUUCACCACCGAGCUUCGUAACCAACUCCCGUCGCCGGACUACAUCAUCACGCAUGCCCCUGUCGCUCCUUGGUUCUCCAACAACUCCCAGUUUGAGGGCGGUGCGUACCUCGAUGUCGACGAAAAGGUCGGCGACCUCAUCGACUGGUACAACGUGCAGUUCUACAACCAGGGCGCUGACGAGUACACGACCUGCGAUGGGCUGUUGACGGAGUCGUCCAGCGCUUGGCCAAACACCGCUCUCUUCCAGAUCAACUCUGUCGGCGGCGUGCCGCUCGACAAGUUGGUCAUUGGUAAGCCCUCCGCGGCAUCGGAUGCCUCGAACGGCUACAUGGAUCCCUCCACCCUGGCCACCUGCGUGGAACAGGCCAAGGGGCAGGGCUGGAACGCCGGUGUUAUGGUCUGGGAGUACCCCACCGCGGAUACCACAUGGAUCUCGACCGUCCGCGCCAGCGCAUACCCCGUGUCCUAA